UAGCCUGGGAAUGUCCACAGCCUGGGUGCAGCCUUUAAAAAAAUGAAAAUAAAAUAAAACUGAGAGAGACUGUGCUGUCGAGAUUGUGAAAUCGGGGCCCUUAAGUGCCAGCCGCACGGUGCCCACGACGGAAGCAGACUGAGCGACGCGCUUGCGGAGUGAAGCCCCGCAUUAGGGAGGCCCUGCGGAAGGGGCUUCGGAAGCCUGGGAUGAGGGCCCAGGGAGGGGAGGGUGCGGGCCGUCCCUCUCUGCUCUGGGACCCAGAGGUGUUAGAGCGUCUGAUGCUCCAAGAGAAGCCAAACGCAUCCCUACACAGUAAGCGCAGGCGCCCACGUCGAAGGUCGAAGGUAAACUCGGUGCAGAGCGGAGCGCACCUGUCUGGAGGCCAGGUUGGUCCCUCGCAGCCUCCCUCCCAGACUUCCUUUUAGCUGAGCCACCUCCUGCUCCGUGCAGAAACCUCUUCUGUUGGUGCACCAAGGCGAAAAGAGAACUCUCCCCUCCCCCAUCUGGGGCCCAGAAGCAUCUGGAACGUGCUGAUCCUCCUAAUCCUUGUUCUGGAGAAAUAUUAAUGAGUUAAUCUCCCGAGCGCACCCCGUCUCCUCUGCGGCCAUACUGCAGACUCACAGAUAGGACCCAGAAGCCUAGGUUGGACCAGGACUCGGUUCUGCCACUGUCCCCCCAAAAGAGGCCAGCAUCCGCCCCCCACGCAAGCAGGUGGCGGAAUUGCCAGCCAUGGGUGAAGUGACGGCGGAGGAAGUGGAGAAGUUCCUGGACUCGAAUGUCGGCUUUGCCAAACGGUACUUCAACCUCCGCUACCGGCCCAAGGUCAUCUCAGAGCUCCUGGGGGCCAGGGAGGCCGCCGUGGACUUAAGCCACUACCACCCGCUGAACAGCGUGGAGGAGAGCGAGGUCGUCUUCGACCUCCUGCGGGACUUUCAGGAGAACCUGCAGGCGGAGAAGUGCAUCUUCAACGUCAUGAAGAAGCUGAGCUUCCUCCUGCAGGCGGACCGCAUGAGCCUGUUCAUGCACAGGGCCCGGAACGGCACCGCCGAGCUGGCCACCCGGCUCUUCAACGUGCACAAGGACGCGGUCCUGGAGGACUGCCUGGUGGCGCCCGACUCGGAGAUCGUGUUCCCGCUGGACAUGGGAGUGGUGGGCCACGUCGCGCUUUCUAAAAAGAUGGUCAACGUCCCCAAUGCACAGGAGGAUGAGCAUUUCUGUGACUUUGUGGACAAGCUCACCGAGUACCAGACUAAGCACCUCUUGGCUUCUCCCAUCAUGAAUGGAAAGGACGUGGUGGCCGUGCUCAUGGCCGUGAAUAAAGUGGACGGGCCCCACUUCACCCAGAGAGAUGAAGAGAUUCUCGUCAAGUACCUCAAUUUUGCAAAUAUAAUCAUGAAAGUCUUCCACCUGAGCUACCUGCACAACUGUGAGACCCGGCGCGGCCAGAUACUGCUGUGGUCUGGGAGCAAAGUCUUCGAGGAGCUCACGGACAUCGAGAGGCAGUUCCACAAGGCCCUGUACACGGUCCGCGCCUUCCUCAACUGUGACAGGUACUCCGUGGGGCUCCUGGACAUGACCAAGCAGAAGGAGUUUUUUGACGUGUGGCCCGUCCUGAUGGGGGAGGCUCCGCCCUACUCUGGUCCCAGGACUCCCGAUGGAAGGGAAAUCAGCUUCUACAAGGUCAUUGACUACAUCCUGCACGGCAAAGAGGACAUCAAAGUCAUUCCGAACCCACCUCCUGACCACUGGGCUUUGGUGAGCGGUCUGCCCACGUACGUUGCCCAAAAUGGCCUGAUUUGCAACAUCAUGAACGCGCCCGCAGAGGACUUUUUUGCGUUCCAGAAAGAGCCCCUGGACGAGUCUGGGUGGAUGAUUAAAAAUGUCCUUUCGAUGCCGAUUGUGAACAAGAAGGAAGAAAUUGUUGGGGUGGCUACGUUUUACAAUCGAAAAGAUGGGAAACCGUUUGACGACAUGGACGAGACGCUCAUGGAGUCUCUGGCUCAGUUCCUCGGCUGGUCUGUCCUAAAUCCCGACACUUACGAGUCAAUGAACAAACUGGAAAACAGGAAGGAUAUUUUCCAAGACAUGGUGAAAUACCACGUGAAGUGCGACAAUGAAGAAAUCCAGAAAAUCCUGAAAACCAGAGAGACGUACGGGAAGGAGCCGUGGGAGUGCGAGGAAGAUGAACUGGCUGAGAUCCUGCGAGAAGAGCUGCCGGACGCAGAGAAAUACGAAAUCAGCAAAUUCCACUUCAGCGACCUGCCGCUGACGGAGCUGGAGCUGGUGAAGUGCGGGAUUCGCAUGUACUACGAGCUCAGGGUGGUGGACAAAUUCCACAUCCCCCAGGAGGCCCUGGUGCGGUUCAUGUACUCGCUGAGCAAGGGCUACCGCAGGAUCACCUACCACAACUGGCGGCACGGCUUCAACGUGGGCCAAACCAUGUUCUCCUUGCUGGUGACGGGAAAGCUGAAGCGAUACUUCACGGACCUGGAGGCCUUGGCCAUGGUCACGGCUGCCUUCUGCCACGACAUUGACCACAGAGGCACCAACAAUCUCUACCAGAUGAAAUCCCAGAACCCACUGGCCAAGCUCCACGGGUCUUCCAUCUUGGAAAGACACCACCUGGAGUUCGGCAAAACGUUGCUGAGGGAUGAGAGCCUGAACAUCUUCCAAAACCUCAACCGCAGGCAGCACGAGCACGCGAUCCACAUGAUGGACAUCGCCAUCAUCGCCACCGACCUCGCCCUCUACUUCAAGAAGAGGACCAUGUUCCAAAAGAUCGUGGAUCAGUCGAAGACGUACGAGACGCAGCAGGAGUGGACGCAGUACAUGAUGCUGGAGCAGACUCGCAAGGAGAUCGUCAUGGCCAUGAUGAUGACGGCCUGUGACCUCUCCGCCAUCACCAAGCCCUGGGAGGUGCAGAGCAAGGUGGCUCUGCUGGUGGCUGCUGAAUUCUGGGAACAAGGUGACCUGGAGCGCUCGGUGCUGCAGCAGAAUCCCAUCCCCAUGAUGGACAGAAACAAGGCGGACGAGCUCCCCAAGCUCCAGGUCGGCUUCAUCGACUUCGUGUGCACCUUUGUCUACAAGGAAUUCUCUCGUUUCCACGAGGAGAUCACGCCCAUGCUGGACGGGAUCACCAACAACCGCAGGGAGUGGAAAGCCCUGGCCGACGCGUACGACGCCAAGACGAAGGCGCAGGAGGAGGAGAAGCAGAAACAGCCGGCGGCCAGCCAAGCCACAGGAAACCAGCCGGGCUCAGCGGGGGACGCGCCUGCCUCCAAGUCCUGCAGCAUCCAGUAGCCUGAGCGGGGACCUGCCGCCAGAAGGCCCCACCCUUCGAGGGCGGAGAGCACCCAGCCAGUAGGAAACCACACACCUGCUUGAGACGUCAAGAGGCAGAGGGUUCGAAAACUGAGAGAAUUUAGUUUACAUCUGCCCUAGUCGCUUUCAAACCUCUUUUCAGCUAUGAGCAUUUUAUUUUAUUUUAUUUUGGCUACGCCUGCAGCACGUGGAAGUUCCCAAGCCAGGGAUCGAACCUGCGACGGCAGCAGCCCAGGCCACCCCCAUGACAGCGCUGGACCCUUAACCCACUGCAUCGCGUGAACUCCAGGGAGAACCUUUCAGUCGAGCUAAAAUCGACAUUUGACUUUUCACAGACCAGAUUCCCGUGCUUACCUACAGUCCUUUCUGUUCUCACACCGUCAUCGCACAGGACGCAGGCGCACAGCCCUGUCCCACGCGGAGAACCACGUGACGAAUCCCGCCUGCCCGUCGCCCAGAGUCUCACAUCGAGAUGUGGCCUCGUGUGACUGUCCUUCGGUUCGCCUUCCUUGUUUUCUUAGCCGAGACUUUGAAAAGCAAAUUCCAGACACGUCGCUUCGCUCUGCUGUUACACAUCUUUCAGGACACAGGGGCGGCUUCUAACGUCACACUGUCGUCACGCAGCAAAGGAACCCCGCAUACUUGGUUGCGGCGGAUGCUGUGACAAGCCGCAUGGCCCUGCUACCCGGGACCGCCGUCCCCGCAGUGAUGACCGCUGUGUGCAAAGCCCCUUGGGGGUCACCCACAGGGAGACGGUUUGCCCCAGGGUGGCCCGCACCUAGUGAGGGAGCCACCCCGGGUGUCACGGCCGGGCCGCCUUGGCCAGCGCAGGGCAACCCCGGGGCCUUUCCAGCUCCAGGACUCAUGGGGGGUCCACCAAGCCCGCCACUCGCGCUGCAGCUCGGCCUCCCCCUCUGCCCACCUCGGCUCCCUCCUUCCCCCAGGUGCCGUCUGGUUCCCAGGGCGUCCCUGGCAAGCGCCCUGCAGAGGCUGCUCUCUCGAGACCCGGCUUGGGACGCGCCCCUGAUGUCGCAAAAAUGUCUGUAAUGAUUUGUUUGAACCUGAUCCAAACAGGUUUCAGGAUUCUAGUUGUCUCC